GCUGCUUCCCCUAGACAGGCCGCGGCGUGGGAGGGCGAGACCCCGAGCAAACUUUCUAGCGGCUUCGGCCCGGGGGUGGUGACGCCCGGACCUGGCCGCGGCGGCUGCGGCAGCGGGCUCCAUCCCGUGGCAGAUCCCCUUCCCGGGAGCAAGUGCCUUCAGCUGGGAGUGUCUGGAGCCCCGGCUACCAGCGGAGCUGUCAUCCUGUGGCCCUAUAACACUCUGCUCCGAAAGGAUCUGCCAGAGACUGGGAGUGUUGACUGCUGCAAGGACCAAGUUACAGAAUAACAGAGUCCAUUUAUGGAUGUUCCACAGAUAAAAUAGCGAUCUAUUGAUGGACAACAUUCGGGUUGUGGCCAACGUUUGCUCUUAAACAAUACUACAGUGGCUGGCUUCUGUAGCAGGACUAAAAGACUGCUCUCCUAAAUUGAGAACAGCUGGGGCCGUGUACGAGCAAGUAUAAAAGAGGUGGCAGUGGUGCCCUGUGUCCUAAAGAAAUGUGUGCUCUCUGGAACCUGUGAAGCUGAAGCCAAAGGUGGGAUAGUAACAUCUUUUUGAGGGAAGAAUUGGCUUCCUUUCUUGAAAGUGGUGAAGGUACAGCAUAUAGUUGCAUGGAAGGAACGGUAAUCAGAUGGCUACCUUCUACCUUUUGUGUUAGGAAACAAAGUCCAUUGUAAGAGUCCAUGUUGAUCUUGGAAAUAGAAGGAUUGAAAAAAGCUAAAUUUCCACAAAGAACAAGAACUUGACCAUCUCCUUUUUGAUCUGAAGACUAGGGGACAAUGGAUAUCAUAGAGACAGCAAAACUUGAAGAACAUUUGGAAAAUCAACCCAGUGAUCCUACAAACACUUACACAAGACCCACUGAACCUGUUGAAGAAGAAAACAAAAAUGGCAAUGGUAAACCCAAGAGCUUAUCCAGUGGGCUGCGAAAAGGCACCAAAAAGUACCCGGACUAUAUCCAAAUUGCUAUGCCCACUGAAUCAAGGAACAAAUUUCCACUAGAGUGGUGGAAAACGGGCAUUGCCUUCAUAUAUGCGGUUUUCAACCUCGUCUUGACAACCGUCAUGAUCACAGUUGUACAUGAGAGGGUCCCUCCCAAGGAGCUUAGCCCUCCACUCCCAGACAAGUUUUUUGAUUACAUUGAUAGGGUGAAAUGGGCAUUUUCUGUAUCAGAAAUAAAUGGGAUUAUAUUAGUUGGAUUAUGGAUCACCCAGUGGCUGUUUCUGAGAUACAAGUCAAUAGUGGGACGCAGAUUCUGUUUUAUUAUUGGAACUUUAUACCUGUAUCGCUGCAUUACAAUGUAUGUUACUACUCUACCUGUGCCUGGAAUGCAUUUCCAGUGUGCUCCAAAGCUUAAUGGAGACUCUCAGGCAAAAGUACAACGGAUUCUACGAUUGAUUUCUGGUGGUGGAUUGUCCAUAACUGGAUCACAUAUCUUAUGUGGAGACUUCCUCUUCAGCGGUCACACGGUUACGCUGACACUGACUUAUUUGUUCAUCAAAGAAUAUUCGCCUCGUCACUUCUGGUGGUAUCAUUUAAUCUGCUGGCUGCUGAGUGCUGCCGGGAUCAUCUGCAUUCUUGUAGCACAUGAACACUACACUGUCGAUGUGAUCAUUGCUUAUUAUAUCACAACACGACUGUUUUGGUGGUACCAUUCAAUGGCCAAUGAAAAGAACUUGAAGGUGUCUUCACAGACUAAUUUCUUAUCUCGAGCAUGGUGGUUCCCCAUCUUUUAUUUUUUUGAGAAAAAUGUACAAGGCUCAAUUCCUUGCUGCUUCUCCUGGCCGCUGUCUUGGCCUCCUGGCUGCUUCAAAUCAUCAUGCAAAAAGUAUUCACGUGUUCAGAAGAUUGGUGAAGACAAUGAGAAAUCGACCUGAGGAGCAAAACAAAGGCAUCAGCUCUUACACCAAAAGAGUUAACGCUGUAACCAAAGGUAUAGUUUUGUUUUUUAUUUUAGGAGAACUGACUGGUAAAUGAAGAAAUGGACCAAAUUUUGUGUAAAUGAAUAGAAAGAUGAACAAAGUAUUACCCUUUGACUGCUUUUCUUCUUCAUCCCGAGAAAGAUACAUUCUCUUGCAGCUCUUCAUUCAUUGGUGACAAGCCCCCACCCUGGGACUUUACUAAUGAGCUUGUUAAAGAGGUGCCAAAGAACAUAUUCCUCCUUUCUUUAUUCUUUCUCCACCAAAACCCUCUACUUCAGAAUUUUUUCAGGAUAUUUUUCCUCCCAAGGUCAGAAGAAUGUGUUAAUAUUUUAAAUAAAAUAUCUGGACAUCUACAGCCACUGUGUAAAUAGAACAGCCUAAUAUUGAGAGUGGUUUCUAGCAUUAGGUUUAGCAAGGGGAAGAUCCACGGGUUGUGCGUCAGCGUUGGGUGAAUUUUGUUUCUACCCUGUCACGUGGAAAGUUAGGGUUGAGUCCAGGAGUGCACACUGCUGCUGCCACCCAACGCGCUAUGUAUCACUUUUAAUUUGUUUUGUUUUGUUUUGUUUUUAAAAGAUCAUUUUAUCUUAAAAAGGAAAGCUGAUCCAAGUAAACAUGAAAGUAUUUGACACACCCCACAGAUUUUACAUGUGUGUAAACGUUUCACUUUAAAAUCUCUAUGACAGACACACAGGAAACAUGAGGUGGUUUCUGUUAAUGAGUGGCCCUUGAGUACACACUUAGAUGCUGUCUGCCCUGUAAAUUUGGAUCUGGUGCCCCAGGGCAGUCAACUCUUCUAGCAUAGGCUGAAAACACACGUGUGUCAACUGAGGCUCACGCCACUUGGGGAAUGAGCCUGUUUCCCUUCCAGGCCAGGCCCUGGUGUGAGAUCAAUUUUAGGGCCCCUAAUUGGAGCACAGAAAUAUAUUUGGUCAAAUUUCAUUGAAGGUGAUUUCUUCCUUUUUAUAUUGUACUUUAUGGAAAAACCAAGAUGGAACCUGAAAGUUAAUGUAUCCUUGCUAAAAAUGUGUCCUUGCUUUUAGCAAGAGACUCAGCUUCUCAUAACUAGUCCUAAGGACAUAUGCCACAAUUGAGUAAUUUUACUUCUACCCUGUGAAAAUAACAUGGUGCUGCACUAUAAUAUACUCUCGGAAUCAGUGUGUUAGUUACAGCUACACAGUGAAGGGGGAUAACUGUUUCUAAAUUUCUUUAAGGUGAUGCCAAAAAAAUGGAUUAAAAAAAUCUGAUUAGAUUUAAUGUUAUCAGAUUUAGUGCAUUAUUUAAUGCUAUUGAAUCUUUUGGAUAAUUCUUGGCUUAAUUUCUUAACUACUUUUGAAGGUUGAUUUGCAAGACUUUUAGAAACCUUAGAAAAGUUUUAAGGUUGCAAAGUUAUCAACACUAGGGCAGAGGGUGGAGAGGCCAAUGCGGGUAGAAGGAGGCAGUUAUGUUUAUAUUGAAGGUGAAAUUUGUCUUUCAUUUGGAAUGGAAAACAUUCUCAAAUUUAUCAUUAUAAACUAGUCAGCCUUGACUGCACAAAAUUGACCUUUAAAUUGCUUGAGAAAAGCACAAUGCAAAUCGUUCAGAAGGGUCAACAUUCUUCGGUGCUAAAAUCUUGUGUAUGUUUUCAGAAUGGCUUUUUCUGUGUGUCAUAGAAUAAUCACUAAAGGAAAGGUAGUUGAAUUUAAUGUCAUGAAGCAAGACUCUUUAAUUCAGUUAUUUUAAACAAGAAUUAAAACCCCAAACAUUCUUGGCAGGCUUUGAAGCACACUGAAUUUUCCAGUAUUUCUUAUUAAAUACACCAAUAAUAAACAUAUGCCUAGUUUACCUGAUGAGUUUAGACAUAAUUCUAUAUAAUGUUCACUUAUAUUCAUUUAUUAAAUAGCAAAACUUGUGCAAGAACAAGGUGUUCUACUUGAAAACACUGAUUUUUAAGUUCCUGUUGACUGAUUAUAAAGAAAAUAAUCUGACACAGAAGCCUGGAUUUUACUCUCCUAACACUGGUGUUUUCCUUGAGCCUCUAAUUCAAAUAAGACAAAUCGAUACACCUUACAACCUUAUUCAGCUGUGUCUGGAUAACCCACCUUUCAUCUAUUGAAUAAAAAAAAGUGUUUAAACUCAAUAAAUAAAAAAAAAUUGUGUACCAAUUACUACAGACCCCCUGAAACAGUAAGCCUUGGAUUUUAGUCAAGUAAUCCAGUUUUUUAAUUUAAAAGAAAACCCCAUCACCUUUUAAAGAACUUUAAAAACACCUGUGAUGCCAAUGUGGCCACUGCCACUGCCAUGUCUUUACACGCAUGUGUCGUAUAGCUCUGUCAUUCAGUUGAGGAAGUCCAUGGUUUGCAAAUAAGGGUGGGAGAAUCAAAAUUUCAGGAUGGUAAAAAAAAAACAUAGUAAAACCCAUUUACAUAUAGGAAAGAAAACUUGACCUUCAACCCAGUGUGCCACUUUGGGAUAUAAAACAAGUAUGAUCUUGCCUUUGAAAUCAUAAAUGUUUGGAGCACCUAUUCUUUGCCAGUUAAGAUACAUAUCUUAUUAUCCCUUUUUUUGUUUUUAAGUCUGUGCUCCUGUUGAAGCUUUUCCUGUAAUUUAGGUUGUCUGUGAAAUACCUAUAACAUAUAAUUCCUACAGAGUAUGCCACAUUUUUUUCCUAAAUGAUUUCAAAUGAAGUUCUCUCAGAUCCUAUCAUUGAACUCGUCCACUAGAUCUGAAAAUAAAGCAUCCUUUCCCGAGUCCACUUGAACUAAUUGUGAAUUUGUUACUUAACUUACUGGCAUCUUGGGAAACAAGUUUUGCUGUGGAAGGAAGGCUGUUUUGAGAGUGAGCAUUGAGUCUACUCUGGUUUGUGGAUGACAUUGCAUUAGGGUUCUUUGCUGUAUUACCAGUGCCCCCUUGUGGCAAUAUACUUUAUGACUAGGAAUGCAAACACCACUUUUAAAAGCCUGUUUUCAAGUUUUUGAAAGGCAUUUGUUUUCUGUUAUGUGUGCCAAUAAUCUGAAAGUAUCAUGUGAAAGGAAUUAUUUUAAAAGCAUUUUAAACCUUUCCCAAAGGUAAAAUGUGCUCAGAUGAUAGGCACGUGUAAUUCUAACCUUUUAUCCAUUUGAUCAAAGAAAUUUGUAGAACAUUUUUACCUCUCAUGAUCACAAUCAUUAGUGUCUCCCUUUAUAACGAUCUAUAUUUUGUUUACUUUGAAACACCAAAUUUGUUGUCUUGUUUUUUUUUACAUGACAGAACUCAUGCAGUUUCUUUUUUCAUUGAAAGUUCAUAUCUUGCCCCUUAAAUAGUUUGAACAUUCUUUCCUAAUUAUUUUUUGUUUUUGUUCUGCACUGUAAAACUGAUUAAAACUUUAAGCCAAUCUUAAUGCACUAGCCUCUGUAGUGUAAGGAAGUGUGAGAAGGAAUUUCUUAAUGAGUUUACAUGUUUAAAUCAAGCAUAUUAUAAGUUAUAUGCCAUGUGUUGAAGGCUUUUCUAUUUAUAUAUAUAAAGAUUUUUAGUAUUUGUUUUUAAUGUCCUUGUGUUGCAAUAAUUUAACGCCUUUGACUCAGUUGCUGAAAAUAUUUCUUCUAUAAAGAAGUGCUCUUGACUUCAACACCCAAACACUGAAAAUCAUGUCAAUGGUACCCAAAGAUAAGUUUUUAUACAGAUACACACCUUAUAAGUUCUGAUUUAUUUUCUUACUCAUUAAUCUAUGCUAUGUUCUAAAUAAAUCAUGAAUGAGAAGAGUGCUUUAUUGUGGAAUUAUUUAAAACUGUCCUUUAAAAGAAAAAGAGGAAAUGAUGAACAAAAACUAAUCUAAUUGCCAAGUUGGAGUUCAUUAUUUAAUUUACCUCCUAUGCAAUGAUUAAUGCUGCAAAACGUAUGGUUAUGUUACCGUAUAUUCACAAAAGAAAUAUUACAAGGUUUCAGAGGUAGCCAAUUGCAUUCUUUUGGAAAUUUACUGUACUGUUUCAAUGUGUUAAGUGCCUUGUUGUAAAGUAAAAUUUUAAGUCUAGAAUUCAUUAUUUUCCUGACAUAUAUUUUUCAUUAUAUCUACUGUAUGCUAUUGUGAUAGUUUUAUGAAAUGCUUACAUUUUAAUCAAGUAUGUAAAUUUCAGAAGCUCUUUUCUCCUACCCACCAGUACCUUAAUCAUUGGUUUAUCACAUUGGAUUCAAAUUCAGGUUCCUUUUUUGAUAAAGAGGAAAUUUGUUUUCCAUGCUUGUGAUUUUGUGUUUGUAAACAUUUCAGGAGGAAUUUAGGAGUGUAACUAUAGUUUAUACUUCUAAAAUGUUGUCUUACAUUUACAUUUUUAAGUGCCUAACUGUUGAAACUGAUUUAUGUUUCUCUUCUAAAGGGGAUAUGUGUACUUGGUUUCUAAUCUCUUUGGUUUUGCUUUUUUAAAAAUGCAAGAGCCUAUACUUUGUAUUUACCUAAUAAACCACAAUGAUAUCAACAGUC